UUUAGUUGCUUUUCAGUUGUCAUGGCAACAGAUUUGCGUCCAAAAUGGCGUCUUUGCUUGGGGAGAGACUGUUUGAAAUUAGUGGUCAGGGUCCGCCACCUCCAAAGGAUUUUUUUCAACUUGUCAUUACCAAAAACGAGGUAAUACUAACCUCAUGGAGGAUUUCUUUGCGACUUGAAUGCAGAGGUCUUCCCCCAAAGCAGCAGAGGACAUCUCAUCAGGACUUCCAAAAUGAUAAAACUCUACAGUAUGAAGUCGGUGCUGUUUUUGGGCAAAGGAUCCUGGAUUACACAACAGCACUCUGUCAAGGAAAGUUUGAUUACCUGGAGCGUUUACCUGAUGACAUCAUGCUCCGAAUCAUGUACUGCCUCGAGCUGAAAGAUGUGGCACUGCUGGCACAGACGUCACGCAGAUUCAAAACGCUCUUCAGCUCUGAGAAGUUUUGGGAGCAGACUGUGAGGACCUGCACUGGGUUUAACAGGGACGUUGAGGACAUAGCCAAUGCCAUGGGCUGGAAGAGCACCUUUCUAACCUUUUUCCACAACAGUGAUGAUAAAAAACAGCAGUAAAACAUAUAUUUAAAAACAAACACUUUUAUUAUUGUUCCAAAACAAGUAAAAUCACACUGGCUCAUUAGCAAACUAAAAAAGACUUCAGUAAUGAAUGAGGGCUUUUGUGUGUGUGUGUGUGUGUGUGUGUGUGUGUCUGUGAAAAAUGUGAAUAUUCUCCAAAGCAAAUCAGUACUUUUGCAUUACAAAGGAAAGUCUUGCUUACAAGUUUUGUUUUGUUUUAAAGAGUGUGCGUUGUGUAAGAUUCCUUGUAAAUGACAUUAAAUUGGCACUUUGUGUCUGGAUGACAACCUGGGGAAAUUAAAACGUAAACAGACUUA